AUGGGAAGAGAGUCUCUUAAUUCUCGAAAUUCCAUAACCUCGACCCUCUUGGGAUCGGAUGACCCCUCUAUGAUCAAAGAGUCGGAAGACCUACUCUCGAAAUUUGUAAGAGGGGCAUCUCAUGAGACACGGGAUACCGUCCUGCAGCCUCAAAGCAACACGGGGAGCCCAGUCACCAAGUUAACGGCAGAGAGGUCAAAAUCUCGAGUGAAGAUACCCAGGGGAAAUAUCCAGUUACGCCCACAAAGCAGCCCACGGCCAACCGAACAUGUGCCACCAAAAGCUCCUGCCAAUCCGGCGUCGAUAACCAAGCAAACAGUUACUUUACCGACCCCCAAGGGAAAGCUACCAAGCCCGCAAAGAAAACAGGCAGCCCGAUCAUCAUCACUCCAUAGUGACGUACCAGGAUCCGUGAUAAUACGACGCUCUGGUCGUUCGAGAGCUGGCCCUACAAAUUACUACAGGAAACUCCCAUUGUUCAAUAGUGAGGGUGAGGGGACUGUGCAAGAAAUUAAGACUGUGCCAAUCCACAGGGGCCCGUUAUGGCACCCCCGUAGUGUUAUUACUUCUACAACACUGGAACACUCUGCGAGCAGGAACAGUAGACAGCGGAAUACUUCAUUCAGCAGUCUGUUACAACAGCGGGAAUUGGGCGAAUACUCAAACUGGCAACUAUAUUCGCACUUCACCGGUAGUUUCAAAGUGUCAAAGACAUGGAAGGGUGCUUCCAAUGAUGUUGUUUCUCUAUCAUGGUCACCCGAUGGGACCAAAUUCGCAGCAGGUGCUACCGCACAAUGUGAUGAGCAUAUGAUGGCGUAUAAUAGGAAAAAUAAUCUCCUGUUUGGAAAUCUCACUAACAGUGAACUAUGUGAGCUGCCAGACCACUGUAUACCACGUCCCGGGGGUAGGGGCCCAGCAAACCACGUUACGAAUGAUUCUCGUCUUUUUAUGAGUGUUACUGCUGUGCAGUGGUUUGAGGACACGUUAUAUACUGCCAGCUAUGACCACACCGUCAAACUAUGGGAUGCUUCAAGAGGGAAAGCUACGUGUCACAAAACCCUGAACCACGACUCGAAGGUGAUUGUCAUGGCACGUCAUAACUUCGCUGAAAAUAUAUUGGCUACAGGGACACAUACGGUUGGAUAUUGGGACACUGAUAGUGCGGAAUAUACAGCACUCGAAUUACCGCGUACAAGGUCAAGAAAGGAGAUUGAGCUUAUACCGACAUCAAUUGCAUGGGGAUCUAGUCACGUGACGAAAGACUACCUCCUCGCAGGAAUGUCUGAUAAGGAAGAUGGUGUCGCUCAAUAUGGACUUCUCGCUGCAUUCCGUGUUCGAGAAUCAUCGAUCGACCCUGAGUAUUUUUCACCAAAUUCACAGAAUGUUUUUGAUGUUGCCUGGCACCCCACCUUGCCAAUAUUUGGGGCAGCUUGCACUGCGGGUCAACAAGUUGCUCGGGGCACCCGGUCUGUUGUGAACAUCUACGAGCCAUUAAGACUCAAGUCUCGGGUUUUGGAGCUUGAGUGUCCAGCUUUGGACAUCAAUGAAGUGGCGUUCUGUCCGGCUAAUACGAACUAUGUCUCCACUAGCUGUACAGACGGAAUCACGUAUGUCUGGGAUAUGCGCAACUGUGGCGAAAUCGUUCACAGGCUCAAACAUGGAACUCCCUUGAAUCAGCUGGACGAAACAGUUCCUAGAGAACAAGCAGAUACCGGCGUCAACAUGCAGUUAUGGGGCUCCACAUCUGACCAGCUGUAUACAGGCGCUUCAGACGGUGUGGUAAAAAGGUGGAAUAUUCUUCGCGGGCCUGAUGAUGUGCUGGUUGAAGAUGUGGCCGCUCUUAAUGAAGGAAUCAUGUGCGGAGCAUUUUCACCGGAUCAAUCUAACUUACUGAUUGGAGAUGUUUCUGGGGGUGUGCAUCUUCUAUCUAAUAGUCCGUUCUGUCCAGACGAUGGACGAGCAUUCAAUUUUAAGGAAAGCCCCCACAGUUUCGAGCAAGAACCCGAUCCGGAGUCUGGUGUUAAAGCUGCUCAGGAUCUGGUUUCAACAGGGCAAAUUGAAAUCCACCCUGUGCUUGGGCCUGGCAAGGGCCCUCGCUAUAAGGGCCCGUUUGCUGCCUGGGCACGACCAAUUGGAACGUCGCCAGAACGCAUAGCAUCCACUCAACUCACAAAUUAUUAUAAGGUACGACAGCUCUGUGGCCUGCCCCCUCAGUCUCGCGAGGGCUUGAAACCUGAAGUGCGGGAAGAAGUUGAAGGGCACAUAACACUUGCAACAGUACGCAACCAGAUUCGUGGUCGGAACAAGAGACGGGGUCCAGAGGCUAUGGCUAUUAAAACUGAGUGUAAUAAUGAGCGUGACUUCAUUGAUUUAUGCAGUGAUGAAGGUGAUGGUGAACCUGCACAUAACAUUUCACCGAAACGCAGGCAGCCAGUCAUAUCGACUCCUGACAAUGUUACUAUUGAGAUCAUAGAUCUUACCGGUGAUUUGGAUGCGGAGAAUUUUGCAAGCUCGCAGACAUCCUCUCUGACAUGCUCUAGGCGCGGGGAUGGCUCAGUCCGUCCAGCUACUCUUGAUGAUCUCGAUGAGCUUGAAGACGACUUCUGGUGGCCCAAUAGCAGUGCAGUAAACCCUAACUUUUCUGACUAA